AUGCCCCUUCAAGCACGAAAAAGGAAACCCACCACCACUCCACGCUCACGCCGCUCGACGCGUCGAAAGCCUUCCAAACAAACCUCCACGACAACAUCCCCAUCACCAUCCUCAACGACCACAGCGACUACCCUCGAAAUCCCAGUCCCCUCACCCCCAGAUCCCACAGCCCACGGCCUCCCCCGCGACAUUCCCGAAGUCGUCCGCUCUCUCCCCUACGCUGGCAAAAAGUCCCCGCGCACGCUAUUAGCACGAGGUCUUCCACCCAUGUACCAGCUAAGCAAUAUAUACCAGGACAUGACGAGGCGGGCAAUGGAGUUGGGGUUUGGAGAUGUGGUGGAGCAUUUGGGGGGUAGGGCGUUGAGGGUUGUUACUGUUUGUUCGGGGACGGAGAGUCCGUUGUUGGCAUUGGAGAUGGUGCAGAGGAGUUUGAGAGAGGAUUUUGGGAGGUGUUUUGAUUUCAAGCAUCUGUUUAGCGCUGAGAUUGUGCCGUUUAAGCAGGCGUAUAUCGAACGCAAUUUCCAUCCUCGGUAUUUGUUUCGAGAUGUUGCUGAAUUGAAGGACAGAGUAGCCCAAACCGCAUACGGCUCCCUCGAGAAAAUCCCCAAAAGUCCUGACAUUCUAAUCGCUGGUUUCUCCUGCGUCGAUUUCUCGGGCUUAAACAACAACCGCAAAACCCUAGACGAAAAGGGCGAGUCCGGCGGAACGUUCUGGGGGAUCAUUCGGUAUGCGAUUACAUACAGACCACGAAUUGUGAUUUUGGAGAAUGUGAAAAAUGCACCAUGGGAUGAGAUCAAGGAAAAUUGGAACGAGAUCGGUUAUUUCGCUGUGCACUUGGCUGUCGAUACGAAAGCAUAUUACCUCCCCCAGACCCGCGAACGGGGAUAUAUGUUCUGCAUUGACCGUAGCCUCUUGGAAGAGCGAGAGAUUCCAGAAACAGACAUGGAGCAGUGGCUCGCCCUCUUCACGGGAUUCAAACGGCCAGCCAGUUCCCCGGCCGGAAUGUUCCUCAUGGACAGCGAUGAUCGACGACUUGAGCAGAUCGAGAGAGACAUGGCUGCCUACAUUACCUCAUCAUCUGCCAAGACGGCUGUUAACUGGGCGAGAUACCAAAUUCGUCAUCAGGGAUAUCGUCUAGAGCAGGGCUUGGGACAUCGACGGCCGAUUAGUAGGUCUCAGGAGGAUGGGACUUGUCAGAUGCCGGAUUUUGCGUGGCAGACGUAUGUGAGGUCAUUGCCGGAGAGGGUUUGGGAUACGAUUGAUGCGAACUUCUUGCGGAAGCUUGGGGAGAAUGGGUAUGAUAUGAACUAUAAAGAGAGAUGCAUCGAUCUAUCACAAGGCCUCGACAGAGAAACAGAUACCCGAGCAUAUGGGCUCGUGGGCUGCAUCACGCCUUGCGGUAUCCCGUACAUUACGACACGAGGCGGUCCACUGUGUGGUCUUGAAGCACUCUCCCUCCAAGGCCUCCCGUUGGACAGAUUGCUACUCACUAGAGAAAGACAUCGUGAACUGCAAGACCUCGCAGGAAACGCCAUGAGCUCGACAGUUGUCGGGGCUGCGGUUCUCUCGGCGUUGAUUGUUGGAUACAAGGUUCUUAAUCCUGGCGACAAAACUGCUCCGAAGAAGGUUGAAUCGAAGCGUAAGCAAAUCAUCCCACGAGAUGAUUACCGAUUGGUUUCGAGCGGUGUGCCACUGGGCCAUGUUUUCAGCGUAGACAUAGCAUAUCUCCAAAUGCAGGCCGCGCGCAGCGCAAGAUACUGCACGUGUGAACGACAAACAGCAACACAACAGAACAUCCUGAGGUGCACUCUAUGCGACCACACAGCCUGCUCUGUCUGCGCCGGCAACCCAACACACGCCUACGAACGCUGGUCCAGCCUGACACGCAGCCAACCACUGGACUUUGUCAGUCAUCUGAAGAACAUCCUUCCUACCCGACUAGUCCUCUCCGGUAUCUCCCCUGAAGAUUAUGAUUCGCUAAGUACAACUUCUUUAGGCUGCCCUCCCGCCGUCUGGAACGAUUUCUUGGAAGCAGUUUCACGAGCAAUUGGCGACGAGCUCCGAUUUCUGGACAUCAAGCGAAGCGAAGAUUGGACCGUUUCUUACCAGGGAAGGUAUUCCAUUUUGAAUCUUAUCAUUAGCCCCACGAGCAUUCAUUGGUUAUUCUUUGCGAAGCCGUCGGAGCUGGAACCGGCCCUUUGUCUCAACCGCGAGAUACUCUCCAAACCCAUUGCGCGGAUGACGCCUGUUCGUGAAUCCCUUCUUAACGGUGAAUGGGAAGUAUGUGCGCCAAUAAGUUCCAGGUGUACAAUGGCUUUCUCUGGAACUGGUGAUCGGGUCAUGUCAUAUGAAGCGCGAUGCGGACUGCAGAUGAAGCAGUUUAUUGGAUCUGAAGUUUGGAGCCAGAUCACAGUUCAAGCGGCAGAUGAGGACGUAAGAGAUCUAGAAAUAGAUAUCCGCGGAACUUAUGAGCUCUUGCCAGAAUGUGGAACGGCAAAUGCCUCGUUGCAUAAGAAAGAUGCUACAGCUGGCACUCCUGCAGUAUAUUUUUUUUUGGACCCUCAUAAGGUCAACGAGGCUGAGAAUGAUUCGUUUGUUUUCUCAUUGGAGCAUCGUCGUAUUCCUGGGUAUGCGCCGCGGUUGACUGUCGCUGAGCUUUCGCAUAUAUGGCGCCCCUCCAGAGCAACUACCGAACCGGAGCAUGUCAACAUGUACUAUCGAAAAUGGACCAAAGCCCAGACGGCUCAUUUGACGCUGUACGAUUCUGAUACUCCGAUAACUUGCGCUAAGUUACAUCCUGGGACAGAGAUCUCUAUUGGAAGGUCUGAAUGCCGUGAUGCAAACAUCACGCUAUUGUCGUUCUCAGCGCCAGCAAGCUUGAUCAAAUCAUCAACAGCCAAAGACUCUUGGGAAAUCAUCAACCCUAUCGAGUCUUCAGACAUGUUAACGGACCUUUCUUGGUUACUACAAAGAGUCGCAGGAUUCUCCGACUUCCAGCAAUGGACUGAGGUUACCAACCGCAAUAACCUUAUUCCCAGCAAUGAAGAUCCCAUCUGCACAGUCUGCAUCCCACCCAAACCACGAACGCUCUGGGGUCGAAACAGAAAAGGUUGGAUCAAAGCAUACGAAGAUCCAUACGAUGCAGCUCUUUACGAGCGACAGGUUAAAGCAAAGCCCUCACCCUUUUUGAUCUUCCGCCGUGUUGAUGAGGAUGAUCUUGGACAUCUGCGGGUUACAUUAAACAUCCAAACACUUUUGCAUCAGGCUUGUGACAAGUUAGUUGGACCGAAUAUUGGUAAUGAGGUUGCAUUCUUUUGGCGCUUGGUUCCCAAUGCUUAUGAUGCGAGAAAUCUGAAAUUCCCGAAGUUUAAAUUGAGCAGUAACAAGCAUGAUCCGCAGUCAAUACAACCGCCCGGGUUUCGUUUGGGUCUACGGCCAGAGCAGCUGCGCUCGUUGUCGUGGAUGAUAGGCCAAGAGGGCGAUGAUGUUGCACCGUUCGAGGAAGAAGAGACCGAGGAGGCGUUUCUGCCGCUCAUGAUGUGGCGCGCAGAAGCUAGGGCGACCACACAAAAGGCUGUUCGUGGAGGUGUCCUUGCGGAUGAUGUUGGAUAUGGGAAGACAGCUAUUAUUCUUGGGCUCAUUGAUAUCCAAGCUCAACGCGCCCGUCAUACCGUUCAAGCACCGAUUGAAGGCUUAAUUCCAUCAAAUGCAACGCUUAUCGUCAUCCCUCACAUAAUGUUGCCCCAAUGGAAGUCGGAGAUCGAAAAGUUCCUAGGAAACAGGUAUAAAGUCUUGGUGUUCCAAUCUGCCGCCUCAUUUACGAGCAAGACAAUUCGCGAUGUUCGAAGCGCAGACAUUAUUUUGGUUUCUUGGUCUGUGUUCAAUAAUGGUGGCUACUACGAGAAGAUGCACAAGUUCACUGGAAUGCCGCGCGUUCCUAUGAAAGCGGGACGCAAUUUUGAUCAUUGGUUUAAGGAUGCUCAGGUUUCGUUGAGGUCUCAUGUUCAGAUUUUGAUGGAUCAAGGUCCUAAUGCCCUCUUGAAGGCGAUUCGUGCCAAACGGCAAGAGGUCAAGGACAAGCAGGCAAAUUCCACGUAUGUUCCAUCCAGGCGGCUCAGAGGGAAGGUGUAUACAGAAGCAAAUAUAGAGAAACUGGACACGGAUUCCAAAAUGCACUAUGCGGAUGUAUCUAGUGCGGAAGAAGAGUCUGAUGCCAGUGACAGCGAGUAUCCUGACAGGCUUAGGGCCAAUGUCGACCGGCAUCUGAAGCUCCGAGCUACAGGGUCACUUGGUGCUCACCAUACUGACGGCCUUGAUGAUUCAGAUUCUGAAGGCCAGGAGACCAAAUAUGAAGAUUCUUCGACAGACGAUCCCGCCGAUACCCGCAAUUGCUGCAGAAAAGGCCGCGGCAGGAAGCGCAAGAACGAUUCGGGCAGCGUCUCAAGCGGGAAAGGCAAAUGGAACGAUCGUAAAGAAUUCAACAUCACUGAAGACGACUCUCAAGACUGGACGACUGUGAAAACACCCUUGCUGCACGCUUUUUCGUUCAACCGUCUCGUUAUUGAUGAGUUCACAUAUGCCAAUCCAGAAAGACUCGCACCUCUUUUAUCGUUCGAGGCACACUCGAAGUGGAUUCUUUCCGGAACGCCCCCGCUGAACGACUUUGCCGAUGUUAACACUAUUGCUCCCUUUUUGGGUAUCCAUCUUGGAAUCGAUGAUGAUGAUUAUGAUGACCAGUCCCAGAAUAAACGACUCAAGACGAUAUGGAAGCAUAGAUCCGAAGCGGAAGCUUUUCAAUCCUUCAAGAUACCACAUAGCGAGGCAUGGCACCGACGACGGCAUGAAGUUGCGCAAAACUUUCUCAACCGUUUCGCGCGUAAGAACAUCGCCGAAAUUGACGAGAUACCCUGCACGGAGCAUAUUGUCCUAAUCAACCAGUCUCCAGCCGAGAGGGCUAUUUACCUCGAGCUGUACAAGCAGCUAAUGGCUCAGAAUCGCCAGCUUCGUCGACGCAACCAGGGGCAAUUCGGAAAUGAUCAGAUCGAACGACUGGACGAAAUCAUAAGCAGCAGUUCGAGUCCCGAAGAGGCCUUGCUUAAGCGAUGUUCCUCACUAGCAUUGCAGGGUCGUUGGGAUGAUGGAAAACCCGAAGCUGUCACCUGUGAGACGCUUCUUGCUAUUCGUGAGAAGCAGCUUGACGCCCUCGUGCAUGAUAUACGAAUGAAGUUUAAGCUGGCUGCUUGGGUGUAUUGUAGUUGUGACUUGAAAUAUGAAUCCUUCCAGAAGUUUGUCGAGAGUCUCAUCAGGCAUGACUUUGGUGACAGUGAGGUCACAGAAAAGGCCUAUCCGCUUCUUAAAGGUGCUGUCUUCAUGUCAAAACAUGACGACUGGAAAUUUUUUUUUGCUGAAUUACGAGACGAUGGAAGUUCUGAAAGAAUCGUGGAAUUCCAGAAUCAAUCAGAAUCGGACGCCAGCGAUAUUGAUAUCAAAGAAGAAGAUGACGAAAACUUUCUACCCUCAGGGUCACUUAAGAAAAGGAAGACAAACGCCACUGGCAACGGCAUCAGGAGCCCUUCCAACCAGAAAACCGGACGAAAGAAUACCACCAACUCUAAAGCAAAUAAGAUUGAACAACCCGACCUCCCCCCAAAACUGCGAAAAACAUACGAAUACGAAGUGACCCUCCACGAAGUCACAUCCACCCUCCGCAACCUAAUUGUGGAAUGGGUGCUCCGGGAAAGAGCCCUCCGCUUCCUACGAACCGUCCGCCUCAUACAAACCGGUACAGAGAUCCCCGUAUGCGACGGCUGCGACAAUGGCCCCAAUACCCUCGACGACGGUAAUGUCCUCGGCUCUUGUGGACAUGCAGUCUGUGCGGAGUGUGCCCGAGAAACUGUCCUGAGAGAGGAAUGUGCUGUAGAUGGAUGUCGUGGCUCAGGAAAGCGGUUCAAUAUCAUCAAAGCAAGCACCUUAGGCUACGACCACAAGGACAAGAGUGCGACGUUUGGAGGAAGCAAAUUAGACAAGCUGAUCGAGAUCAUCCAUGGCAUACCCAAGGAUGAAAAAGCACUGCUAUUCAUCCAAUUCCCCGAGCUGAUGGAAGUCGCAUCAAAAGCACUGGAACUAGCACAAAUAAAACACACGGUGAUUUCACCUACUGAUCGUAGAUCAGCUCAAAAGGUCGAGCAGUUCCAGAAAACAAGUUUUGGAGAUAACCGGGUCCUGAUCUUGAACCUUGGUGGUGAAAUGGCGGCUGGAUUGAACCUCCAAUGUGCAAACCAUGUUAUCUUUCUCUCGCCCCUCCUCGGCCAGACCCAGUAUGACUAUGACUCAGCCAUGACCCAGGCCAUCGGACGUUGCCGUCGAUACGGGCAGACCGGACACGUCCACGUCUAUCAUCUGCUGGCGAAGCUGACAAUUGAUGUGAAUAUCUUCCAGGAGCGUCGAGAAAGGGUGCUUGUUGAGAAGGAUGGAAGGCCGGUGUUGGUUAGCCAUGAGGAGGCUGUGGAGUCUGAAGCUAUUAGUUGUGAGGGACCGUCAUUGGUCAUGGAUAAUGCAUUUUGA